AUGUUCAAGGCCGUUGCGAACGGGAGUACCCUAGGGGGGCCCGGUGAGUGGGACGGUAAAGACGAGUGUGAGUGGAGGGUGUAUCGUACUAGUGACGGAAAUGGGCUUGGCUAUACGAGGGAGGAGUGGUCGGAUGAUAGAGAUACGCCGGAAUUUCAGGAGGGAGAGGGAACAAUGUCUGGGGAAGAAGGGUAG